AUGGAUCCUGGAACAUCGUCACCGAUCCACCGAUCCAUGCCACCUGAGAGCCGAGGAAUCUCAUUGUCAGAGCUUGAGAAUCGAAUUCAGAACCUUGUGGAUGGCCAACAACGAGAUGAUGUCAAAUUGAGAAUGCUCCAGGAAAUUUGGGUUGCUAUCGAAAACCACUUCACAUCACAUACACAUGCGAAAGUUGUCGAAAAACUCAUUCUCUCAUUCCUGGCGCUCUUCUGCAACACAAGUCCACAGUUCAUCUCUGAGAAUAAUACACAGAUGCUCCGAAAAUUGAUGUUGGAAAUUAUUCUGCGCUUGUCAAACGUGGAAGCAGUCAAGGUUCAUAGCAAAGAAAUUAUCAAGCAGAUGAUGCGACUGAUCGCUGUCGAAAAUGAAGAAAAUGCAAUAAUCGCCAUUAAGAUUGUACAAGAUCAAGGUAGAAACUCUGGAAAAAUGCAAUAUUGCGCAGAAGUUCAAUCGAUUAUGCAGACAUUCAAGACGAUGGUUGCCGACUUAACAGCUAGUGGACGUUCAAAAGAAAUGUUUCUAAAUAGAGAAAUGACAACUCCACCUCAAACAAGUUCUGAUGAACAACUUAUCACUGAAUAUUUGAAGACGUGCUACUACGCUCAACAAGUAAACCUGAAUGGGAAAGAUCCGAAGAAACCAGUAAAGUAUAGCUUGAUUCCCUCUGCGCAUCAAUCUACUAAAGUUCUCAAUGAAAUUCCUUAUCUUAUCAUAUUCUUCUAUCAACACUUCAAAACAGCAAUCCAAACGGAAGCUCUCGAAUUUAUGCGUCUCGGAUUCGAAUUUCUCAAUGUCCCUAUCCCAGCUGACAAGCAAAGAGUCAACGAGGCACUUUGUGAUGAUUUCGUGAGCGCCCAGUCAAGACUUUUGUCAUUUGUGAAUAUCAUGGCAAAAAUACCGGCGUUUAUGGAUAUGAUUCAACAGAACGGAGAAGCUCUAGUUUCCGGAACAAUGCAAAUGUUGGAAUUUUGCCCACCUGACCUGAUAUCAGUCAGACGAGAAGUUCUUAUGGCUCUCAAAUACUUCACAUCGGGAGAAAUGAAGUCUAAAUUCUUUCCAAUGCUCCCACGCCUCAUAUCCGAACAUGUUGUUCUUGGAACGGGCUUCACAGCCAUUGAGCAUUUGCGAGUGUUCAUGUAUCAAAUGCUCGCUGAUCUUCUACACCACAUGAGAAGUAAAAUAAAUUAUGAAAUGAUUACACACGUUGUGUUUGUUUUCUGUCGGACUCUACACGAUCCAAACAACUCUUCGCAAGUUCAAAUCAUGUCAGCACGUCUUCUCAAUUCUCUCGCAGAAUCUCUCAGCAAAAUGGAUGCGCAUGAUGCGACAAGAGACCUGCUCAUCGAGAUUUUGGAAACCAACGUGGCCAAACUUAAGAUUCUCGCCGUGUAUCACAUGCCGAUCCUUUUCCAACAAUACGGAACAGAAAUCGAUUACGAAUACAAAAGUUACGAGAGAGAUACUGAGAAACCAGGAAUCAAUAUCCCGAAAGAAACUAUAAGAGGAGUACCGAAGAGAAGACUUCGAAAAUUAUCAAUCGACUCUGUGGAGGAGUUGGAGUUAGCCACAACUUCUUCUGUUCCUAAGAAACCGGAAAAUCAACUCCCUACUCCAACAAAGGAAAACACAAAGAAAACUUCUCCAGAAGAUAUUCUGACCAACAUGUGUGCAUUAACUCCUCCUCCACUCCCGAUUGGCGAUGCUCGAACUCUGAUCAAAUACAUUAUGCAUACCUGUAAAUUUGUCACUGCACAAUUGAGGACCAGUCGACCUGCAAAAGAUAUGUAUCACUGUGCAAAAGAGCGAGAUUUGUUCGAGCGACUUCUUCGUUAUGGUGUAAUGUGUAUGGAUGUAUUCGUUUUACCGCAAACUCGAAAUCAACCACAAUCACACUCUUCAAUGAGAACAAAGGAUGAGAAAGAUGCUCUCGAGUCAUUGGCCAAUGUUUUUACAACUAUUGAUCAUGCAGUGUUUCGGGAGAUUUUCGACAAAUAUAUGGAUUUCUUGAUCGAGCGAAUUUACAAUCGGAACUAUCCUCUUCAACUGAUGGUUAACACAUUCCUGGUUCGCAAUGAAGUCCCAUUCUUUGCUUCGACGAUGUUAUCCUUCUUGAUGUCACGAAUGAAGCUGUUGGAAGUGAGCAACGAUAAAACGACACUAUAUGUAAAGUUGUUCAAAAUCAUUUUCUCGGCUAUUGGUGCAAACAAUUCCGGUCUGCAUACUGACAAGAUGCUCACUUCAUACCUUCCUGAAAUCCUGAAACAAUCCACGGUUUUAGCACUGACGGCUCGUGAGCCUCUAAAUUAUUUCCUACUACUUCGUGCGCUUUUCCGUAGUAUUGGUGGUGGGGCACAAGACAUUUUAUAUGGAAAGUUCCUGCAGUUGUUGCCAAAUCUUCUACAGUUUCUUAAUAAGCUUACGUCUUGUCAACAUCGAAUUCAAAUGCGUGAACUCUUCGUAGAGCUCUGUCUCACUGUUCCUGUCAGACUCAGCUCCCUGCUACCGUAUCUCCCACUUCUAAUGGACCCACUAGUUUGUGCAAUGAAUGGCAGUCCGAAUAUAGUGACACAAGGACUGCGGACAUUAGAAUUGUGUGUCGACAAUCUUCAGCCAGAGUAUUUGCUUGAAAACAUGAUGCCCGUCCGUGGUGCUCUUAUGCAAGGACUCUACCGAGUUGUGGCAAAAGCUCCUGAUGCAGCAUCGAUGACCGUCGCAUUCAGACUUCUCGGAAAGUUUGGAGGAGCUAAUAGAAGACUUUUGAAUCAACCUCAAAUUCUUCAAUUUUCUCGUCAUCCUGACUCGUUUGUAAACAUGGAGUUUUCGAACCUUGGACUAGAUGGCCCUCAUAGUAUACAUCUGCCGCUGUCCGAGCUGAUGAGAGUAGCAGCUGAUCAAAUGAGAUAUCCUGCCGAUCAAAUUCUCAACAUGAAUGCGACAAACAUUCCAUCAACUCAAAUGAAGAAGUGGUGCAUGGAGUUAUCGAAAGCUGUGUUGUUUGCUGGUUUUGGUUCAUCUGGAUCAACUGUUGUUCCAGACAAACAGCUUCCUAAAAUUCUGAAAAAAUUGCUCGCUGAAUUUGAUGUCAAUAAUCGAACGACGAAACAAUAUACGUGUAUCAAAGAAAACGAUCGAGAGCUUUUUGUGAACGCCCUCUUGACAAUGGCUUAUGGAAUUUGGAACAAAGAUGGAUUCCGUCAUACUUAUAACAAAUUCUUCAACAGUGUAGUCCGCCAAUUCGCACUAAUCGGAGUCAUUGAAUAUGUCGGUGGAAAUGAUUGGAUGGCUGAUGCUGACAUAAACCUAAGCCUUUGUCUCGAUUCAUCGGUUCUCGUUGAUGCAUUAAUUAUCUGUCUCUCUGAAACCACAACAGGAUUCCUAUAUGCUGGUAUUACGGUCCUACGUCUUAUCAACGAUGUUAUGACAUUAGCACUGCCUGAUGUCAAUCUAAUGUCGAAAGUUCCAUUAUGCAGAUAUUUGAUGGAGAAAGUGUUCAAGUUGUGUCAUGGUCCAUCGUGGUUCGCUCGAUGUGGUGGAAUUCAGGCUCUCUCGUGUAUGAUUGAACAUUUUCCACGAAAGUUUGUAAUGGAUUUUGUUAUUGAUGUCGUCGAUUCGAUCAUCGAAGUAAUUUUGGGAGUAGUUGAGGAGAUUUCGAGUGGAGCUGCGGAGUCUGCAUUCGAUUGUCUCGAAACGAUGAUGUGUGUUUACUUCAUUGGCAACGAAGGAGAGGAAGAAAGUAAUCUCACAUUGGCUUCGAUUUUCAUCGCAAGCAUCUCCAAACAUUAUUUCCAUAGUAAUGAGAAAGUCAGAGAAUACAUGGCGAGACUGAUGGAUCGUUGUUUAACCUUUUCAAGACUUGCUCCAGACCGUGAAAAAUUCUACUAUCGAUUCAAAAGUUACUUUGAGCCUGAAUUGAUCCGAAUUUUAACAACACUACCAACUAUGUCGUUGACUGAUGCUUCAGGAAGUCUUGAUAGUCUCCAGAGUUUCAUGUUUAUCUGCCCAGAUGGAUUCGAAUUCGAGACGGAUACGAAUUUAUACCGAAGAUACUUAGUUCACCUCCUUGAUAUAGCUCAAACGGAUACUCAUACAAUCAACCAAAGAAACGGAUUCAAGAAAUGUGAAACUUGUCCUUCUCAUUUCCUUCCACCAUUCCCAAUCACAUACCAUAUCGAUUCAAUGCGUGCUAGCGCUUUCCAAUGUCUUGUAAUCGCGUAUGAUCGUCUGAGAAAACAACUGGAUACAUCGAAAGAUAUACAAGGAGAACAAGUGAUGAGUGAAAUUCUGGCAUUGUCUUCCCCGAAGAUUACAGUGGAUCAAAUAUUCGAAAAUAACGAAUCUUGGAGAAGACUGAUGACAGUGUUAUUGAGAGCUGAUACCGACAAAGAAGUUCCACCCGAAAUCGCUGAGAAGGUUCAUGAGGCCCUGAUGAAAAUUGCACCAAUUCCUACUAAUAUAAUUGCUACAUUUGGAGCAAACAUUAUUCGAAAUAUCAGCCGAGUGCACGAUGAUAAUGAUUCAGAUCGCACGAUAUCAUACCACGACAUCAGAAAGUUCAGUAUUCUUGUAGAGUUGAAUCCACGAAUACUCGUCAAGAACAUGGCAUUAAACUUGGCUAACCAAAUGAUUCAAUACAAGAUGAACGAAAAGAUUGCGAAAACGUUUGUUCUUCCUGUUGGCACACCAGAAGCAGAGGUAGAGGAAUUUGAAGCUGAGAAGAAAAAGGGAAUCCGAGAAUUGGACAAAAUUGCUUUCACUGCAAAGAUGCUCGCCGGAUGUCCUAUGCCAAUUAUCACAGAAGAAAUCAUCAUCGAUAUUGCUCGUUUUGCAGCUCAUUUCGAAUACACAUACUCACAAGACGUUCUUGUGAAUUGGAUGGAUGAUGUUGCUUUGAUUCUGAACAAAAGUCCUAUUGACGUCUGGCAAUUUUUCUUGAGUCCUGAAUCGAUAAAUGAUCCUGCUCGCCGAUCUUUGAUUAGGAGAAUUAUUAUCUUCCCAGCAAGUGAACCACUGAGAGAAGAGUUCAUGGACAACAAAGACUAUUUAACGCGGCUCAUCGACGCCGAUGGAAUCUAUUUCAAAAAUGAUGAUACUGUGAAGAUCUGUGCUCGUGAAAUGUUUGCGCUAUCACUUGUGGAUCGAAUCUCAAAAAUAAGCCCUGAAUGGCUAUCAUCUGAAUUAUCCCCGAUUCUGGAGUUGAAAAACUUUUUCAAGAGUAAGGAGUUCAAUGAACGUUACUCGGUUCGGACGAUAACAGAAGAUACAGAUGACAAACACGAGAUUCGAGUUAUAAGUAUGACAGAGGACAAGUACAAAGUUCCAAAACUCUGUGCUAAGAUUUUAAUUCGAUAUCUUAGAGAUAAUAUCAAAGAAUAUGAUACUUUCUUCGAUCUCGUCUCAGUGUUCAUGGGAAGAUUCCAGACCGAUUUCUCAUUUGUUCGCGAGUUUUUCGAAGUUGAAGUCAUUCCCAAAAUGCCAUUGUGGUGGAGAAGAGAAAUAUUCAUUCAUGUCAUGGUUCUGUUCGAAGAUUGUCCAAAAAAAGUGGAGAGAGACUUGAGAAUGGUCAAAGCUCUUCAGUAUUUGGUUAUUCCAUCUCUGCAAUGGGCUUUUGAAAGAUAUGAUAGCGAUGAAAUUGUGGGAGCCGCUCCAAUAGAUGACACGGAAUCGUCCCUAGACGCUGAUUCUAGUGCCAACAAGGACAAUCUUGUCGCGCGUCUCACUUCAGUAAUACAAGCACAUCGAUUGAAUCUCAGUGAUGGAAUGAUAAUUGUAUUUUAUCAAAUGUGCACUCUCUUCGUUCAACAUGCAGCAGAGCAUAUUCACAACAAUAACUGCAAGAAACAGGGCGGACGUCUUCGAAUCUUAAUGUUGUUCGCUUGGCCAUGCCUCCAGUCACCAAAUCGUCAGGACCCAACAAUGCGAUAUACAGGAUUCUUCUUUCUUGCAAACAUCAUAGAACGUUUCACAAUAAAUCGCAAGAUUGUUCUGCAAGUGUUCAACCAACUCAUGACGACUUUCCAACAAGAUACCAGAGAUCAGGUCCGCAGAGCAAUUGAUAUUCUGACGCCUGCAUUACGAUUGAGAAUGGAGGAUGGACAUACUCAAAUUUGUAAUCAUGUAAAGAAAAUUCUGAUAGAGGAGUCGCACUGUCUUCAACACAUCCAACAUAUGUUCCACAUGAUUGUUCGAAACUAUCGCGUUUACUAUCACAUACGCAAUGAUCUUCUGACAGCUCUUCUGAGUGCAGUCCAAAGAGCUCUUUUGAUGCCGAACAGUGCAGCUGACAAUUGGCAAACGAGACGACAAGCACUUGAAAUUUGUGAGGUUAUUGUCAAAUGGGAAAUGUUCAAAUUUCAAAAGCAGGAUCACGUCAUCACUGAUGAGGAAGCUCUUGAAGUGGAUAGGCAAUAUGAACUACUUCGUUCUGCGAGUACAAGUGCACUUCUUGAUUUUGAAGAUCCUCAAAGUAAAAGAGAUAUACCCGAUGCUCAGCGAGUCAUCAAACAAGAACAUGCUGAUACUGUCGUGAAUAUGCUUAUGAGAUUCUGUAUGACAUUCCAUCAGAGUCAUUUAGCCUUUAUGAGUAAUCAACCUCAAGGUGGCGCAUUGGUCAAAAGCUGUCAGAUUCUUCUUCGUGUUGCACUUCGUUCAAGCAUUUGGGGAGACUACGUAAAUAUCCAUGUUAAUUCGAUUGAGAAGUGUCUUCAUGUCCCACUGGAACUGGCGCCGAAACCAAAUGAAAUUCAGUCGAUUCCAUUGGCUCUAGCCUUAUCAAGUUCGCAAUAUUCAAUGGAAAUGCUAAUUGUAAUCAUUCCCGUAAUGCCGAAACACACUUUAAUGGCAAUGAUGGAACCAUUGCAACGAGCACUUUGUAUCUGUCUCAAUAGCUCACAGAUCGUCCAUCAGGGCCAGAUUCUCCGUUACAUCACACAAAUUGUCAGUCGCCUGUGCGAAAAAACCGCAGUGUCUGCGACUGGAUUUGAUGAGCUUGGAAUUCUCAAUCAGCAUAUCUUCAAAUUUCUGCAGGAUAGUUUCAUGGCCAUCGGAAAAAAUCCAGCUUCGCCAAUGAUGUCAGUUGUCGGAUCUUUCUCCCUUGCUAGAGCAAUCUGUGCACACGAGCCAUCCUAUUUGGAUACUGUAAUGGUUCCUUUUCUUAAAGUGAUGAUUAGAGCUACCAAAGAACACUUGAGCUAUGUGGCAGCCGGACAACAAGGUCCUAUCGUGAAAAAUAUUGCUGAAUUACUGUCGGUAUGUAUGGAUCUAAUGCGUCGGAGAACGAAAAGCAUCGCGCUUGAUACGAAAAAGUCGAUGGUCAACGAUAUUGUAGCCGAGCUAAUAUACAAAUCCUCAAGUGACAAAAUUCUGCAAGCAAGUGUGAAGCUACUCGGAGCAUUGCUGAGUGUAGAAGAUAUGGACUUUACACUCAACACACUACUUCCACAUAUUGCUGAUAUUCAAUCAAAGAUUGUUCAAAAGUUCAAAACCAGUAAAGAUCUGAUUGCUGACUUCUUGGUUGUCGUUCUCCAAGUCUUCGCGAAUAACGAAUGGAGGACUUCGGAACAUGGAUCUCUUCUCUGGGAAGGCUUCUUUUGGGGACUCAAAAGCGGUGAUCCUCAAACAAGAGAAAAUUUCUCCAUCGUUUGGGAACAGACAUGGCCACACAUGGCUACCGUUGAUUUGCGACAUCGAAUGAAGUAUAUCUUGCAAGAUCAGGAUUGGUCCAGAUUUAAGCAUACUUAUUGGUUGAAAUUCGCUCUUUGGGCAGUGCUGAGAACCAUAUCCAAAAGACCAACCGAUUCAAACACUCAAAAGAAAAAAGUGGUGAUGCUGAGCUGUGCAACGCCGUGGAGAACAAUUGAAUACGCAGCUAGAUUGAAUCAACAACAGUCAAUGGAAGUUGAUGAGCCAGUUAAGUUGGAAGAACCAGAACCCAUGGAAGUUGAUGAGACGAGGCCAGAGAAUGUAGACGAUGCCAAAGAAAAUGAGACAUUAACUUUGGAUCGUUUGCUGGAAGAACAGCAAAAUCUUCUCGAGGAAGCCUCUCAAUUCGAUUUCGCUGAUGUUUUGGACACUGUUUCACAAAUAACGUUUGGUCUAAGCGAUAAUAGUAUCACUAGCAAAAUUUGGAUUGAGUUCUUCAAGUCAUUCUGGGACUCUUUAGACAGCUCGGAAAUUCAAGGUUUCAAAGAUAUGGUCAUUCCAUUUAUGAGUAGCGGUGUUCACAAUUGCUAUCAGACAGGAAAUCAAGAUAGCAGCGUUCUGGCGGUCUGGCUCGAAGCGGUUGGUGAGAAAGUAACAUUGCCGUCGAGGUUGAUUGAGUUCAUCUCAACAAAACACGAAUGCUGGCAUACUGGAAUCAAACUUCUGGAAGAUGUCAUUUGGGCGAUCCCGAAACAACUCAACAACCAUUAUCUUGGUGACUUGAACUGUGAUCCAGCGCUUAUCGAGAAUGUCGAAACGCUUGAAUCGUUGGCUUCUAUAUACAAUGAAAUAUCGGAAUUCGAUCAGUUAGCAACUGUCUGGGAACGUCGUGCAGUGUUUCAAGAAACGCUGCGAGCUAUGUCAGCUAUGCAACUUGGAGACAUGGAGGGUGCUGCGAGCAUUUUAGAAGUCGCAAUGUGCAAGGAAGCGGAAAAAGUGUCAUCGCAUACAGACAAUCAUAUAACUCCAGUUUACGAUAAAGAGUAUGAUCAUUGGAUGGAUAUGUAUGUUUCAAGUUGUUCUGAGCUUCUCCAAUGGCACACUGUGGCUGAUGUUUGUAAUAGUAGAGAUAUGCAGAAUGUUCGAGGUCUUAUUAACGCUGCUUCUCAUAUACCUGAUUGGAAUGUAGUGGAAGAGUGCAAAAAUCAGAUUGCCGGAUGCAUUCCUCCAGAUUUUCAUCUUGACUACACUAUUUACAAUUUGAUGUGCACUGUUAUGAAAAUGGAUGAUCGUACAAGUAUGACAGAAGCAAAGAAGGAAUGCAAAAGAGUGUUGAACGAGUGCAUUGAUGCACAUAUCAGUAAAUGGAGAGCACUUCCUUCUUACGUUUCGUAUGGUCAUGUCAAGCUGCUGCAAUCGAUGAACUUGAUUCGUGACAUUGAAGAAUCCACAGAAAUUCGGCUUGCACUCAUUGAACCACCAAGCAGAGUGGAUACCGGUUUGAUGCAGGAUAUGAAAACUUUGAUGAAAGCGUACCGUAAUCGAGCACCGACUACCGCCGAUGAAAUGGGAUUCGUAUCAACUUGGUAUGAUUGGAGAAAUCAAAUUCAUGGGAUGAUGCUUCAACGAUUCGAAUGGUUCGACAAAUCAGGGUUUAACAAUACCGGCAACGGAAAUCAAUCAAUUGUUCCAACUCACUCGAUGGCUCAAGCUCAAAUAAAUGUAGCGAGACAUGCGAAAAAUCUAGGUUUCUAUAACUUAACCAAAGAUCUUUUGAACAAACUCUCCGGAUUGACAACUAUUCCGAUGAUGGACUCCAUUGAUAAAGUUUGCACUUAUGGGAAAACACUUCGCGAAAUGGCAAUGUCCACUGAGGACGAAAAACUGAAGAAUGAGCUUCUCAAUGAAGCUCUGGAAGUAUUGGAAGAUGUUCGAAUUGAUGAUUUCCAAAAGGAACAAGUCGCCAGAUUGUAUUAUCACCGAGCCAAUAUUCAUUCAGUUCUUGGACAGACCCAAGUCGCUGACAAAACGUUCUCGGCUGCUAUUCAAUUGAUUGAUAUGCAAACCAGCAGUAACCCAACAGGAGUGAAGCUUAUGAGAAAUUGGGGACACCAUCUCAACAAACUUUUCUUCCAAUCUCCUGUGUGUAAAGAAACCAGUGAAAACUACGGUAGACAAGCUCUCGUAUGCUAUUUUGUGGCUGCUCGAGUUGAGAACGAUAUCAAAGCUCGAAAACCGAUUGCCAGAAUUAUGUGGUUGGCAAAACAUUUGUCAGCUUGUGGUGCGGAUGAAACUUUGAAUAGAGUUAUUAAAAAACAGCUACAUUCUUUGAAUCUAUUCAAUUGGCUUUAUUGGCUUCCACAAUUAGUUACGGCAGUUCGUCAUCAACCAAAAUCCAACUUCGUUUUUAUUCUUUGCAGAAUGGCUGCAGCCCACCCUCUUCAAACAUUUUAUCAUAUCUGUGAAGCUGUGUCUGUCGAAGACAUUGAUGCAGUUCUCAGAGAAGAUUACACUGAAGAAGAAAUGUCAAUGGAUGUUUCAGAUGACGAAGCGUUUGCCAAUGAUCCGCCGUUCGCAAGAAUCUUGAAAAUCUGUCUCAAGUACCGUCCAACUGAUAUACGAGUCUUCCAUCGCAUUAUGAAAGAACUUGACGAAAUGAAUGAAACUUGGACUGAGAGACACCUCCGAUUUGCGCUAGGUCUCAAAGCUCAAUUGUUCGAUGACUUUGCUGAACAAAUGGACGCAAACUUCCAAACAGUCCGUAUAUCAGAUACUGCUCAUUCAUUGAUUCAAACAUGGAAGAAGCAGCUAGAAGAAGAUUUCCAAUAUUUCGAGGAAAAUUACAAUCUUGAUUUUCUCGAAAUCCGCGCCAAACGGAAGUGUACUGUGACGAAAGGAUAUAUGGGAGAUGAAAAGAGUCAAAUUAUGUUCGAAAAAGAGUUGACUCAAGUGUUCACUGAUCCGUUAGAUAAUAUUGACGAAUUAACAUUUGUCACCAAUCAGACACGCGAAAUCAUCCCCGAAUUGGAUAUUCGUUCACUUCAAUCGAACAAUCCACGUGCAUUCUGCGGUAAAGUUCUGGAAUGGAUUCGAAAGAUUCGUUAUCGUUUUGAAAUCCUCCCAAAACGAAUUCCACUCGAGUCGUCUAGUCCAUUCCUUGCACGAUUCAGUCAUCGUACCAGUUGUAUCGAAAUGCCAUACGACCUUUUCAAUGUAAUUCGUGCAAAGAAUCCCACCUUGAUGGCUACUAAUCAAACCGGUCAAUACAUAUCAAUGCUUUCUCGUUUCGAGCCAAACUUUGAAGUUACUGUGAAAAGUGGACAAGUUAUGCGAAAAAUCUACUUAAGAGGACAGACUGGAAAGAGUGCUGCAUUUUAUCUGAAGAAGUCUGUUCAGGAUGAGAAAACAAAUCGAGUACCACAACUCUUCAAACAUAUGGACCACCUUCUUCAAAACGACCGAGAAGCUGCUAAAAGACAUUUGCAUGUUCCAACAUUCCUGCAAAUGAGAGUUGGCAAAAGGACAACACUCUACGAGAUUGCUUCUGUUCAACCGUAUGCAAUGCCUCACGAUUGUGCAAGAAACUAUCCAGCUUCUCAAAUAGAAAUAGUUCAUCCAUAUGACGUUUUUUCGAACACUUUCAAUGGGUUGUUCUCUCCAGAUGAUAUGGUUCUUCAUUACUUUGAAAGGUUCGCUGCAAUGGCCGAUAAAAUUGGAACACCACUUGAUGAUUUCAUGGCGCCUCAAGACAAUAGGCCGACUUCGAAAAAAGUUGAAAUUCAUCACUUGCAGCAUUACAUUUAUAAUGACUUGAUCAGGGACAUAACACCGUUCCGUACUCUAACUAUGCAUCUAUCUGCGCAGUAUACGGAUCCAGUGAUGUACUAUGCAAUGCGAAAGCAGUUCGUUCACAGUUUUGCUGUGCUCUCCACUAUUGAAUAUCACUGUAAUCUGACACCCAUGGGACUUCAUCAAAUGUUGAUCACGCUGAACACAGGAGUUCUUACCAAUCCUUGGUAUCGCUUUGAGCUUGGUAAAAAACCAGCUCUUCCUGAAAUAGAACAUUUCGCACAUGAAGUACCUUUCCGAUUGACUCCUAAUUUAUCGAUUCUGAUCGGAGUUGCACAGGAUGGAGACUUAUUAUGGAGUAUGGCAGCUGCCGCUAAAUGCCUAAUGAAGAAGGAACCAGAAGUAGUCAUGAGAUCAUUGCUCUGGGAUGAAUAUGCCAACAAUGUAGAUUCAACAGAUAUGAUUUACGUUUGCCACGCCACAAACUCAUACGUCAAUUGUUUUGAGAAUAAAGUGGCAAUGACACAUCGACCAGAUGCAAAAAUCAAGAAAGACGACUGCAUUUCAUUGAUUAUUCGAGCAAAAGACGUUGAUAAUCUCUCGAGAAUGCCACCAACAUACCAACCUUGGUUCUAA